AUUUAAAAUUAAAAAAAUAAACAUAAAAGACCAACACAACAACAACACACACUCACUGUCCCUCUCCCUAAACAACAAACAAAUCCCUCCACUCCACAUCUUCGAAAUGACCACAACCUCCCACCAUUCCGCCACCGUUUCCUCCGCCGUAACCUGCCGGAAAAGGCGGAGGACCUUAACCGAAGAAUCAACCCCCAAAUUCAGAGGAGUUCGCCUGAGAGCAUGGGGGAAAUGGGUGUCGGAAAUAAGAGAGCCAAGGAAGAAAUCAAGAAUAUGGCUCGGAACAUACCCCACGGCCGAGAUGGCAGCGCGUGCACACGACGUGGCUGCACUUGCCAUCAAAGGCCACCGCGCCUUCCUCAAUUUCCCUCAAAUCAAACACCAACUCCCCCGCCCAGCCUCCCUUUCCGCCAAGGACAUUCAGGCCGCCGCCGCACAGGCCGCCGCCCUCAAACACCAGCCAAACCCCACCGAAUCAAGUCCCUCGGAAACGACGUCGUGUGAGGAAGAAGACACAUGGUUUGAUCUGCCGGAUCUUGUUGUACGAGGAAUAAACGAUGGGUUCUUGUUGGAUUUUGAUUAUUCGUCGUCUUCGUCGUCAUCAUCAUGGCACUUCUCCGGAGAUCACGACGACCUCCAAUGGCACUCCGAUUAUGCUCAUACCAUUUUUCCCGCUUGAGUUUUUUUUUUUUUUAGUUAAAUUAAAUUCUGCUUUUUGUAUUAUUCUCUCUGCCCAAAAGAAAAAAGAAAAAAGAAAAAAAAAAAAGAGGGAAUUACAGUGAAGAAGCUUGUGGAGCUUGCUUGCUUGCUUGGACAACUUA